AUGGUGUGUGAUUAUUUGUCAAUACCAGCAACUAGUGUAUCAUCAGAACAAUGUUUUUCAAUUAGCAAAAAUUUAAUUACAGACAAUAGAAAUUGGUUAGUGGGUAAAACUAUAAGAGCUUGUAUGUGUUUAAGAUCAUG